AAGAAAUUACUUGCGCAUUAGUUUUCGUGACGCUUAUUCAUAUGAGUCUGAAUCUAUAAUCAUUACUUUUUAAUGCCCUGCGUCCGCAAAUAUAUAGUUUUUCUUAGUAACUAGUGGAUUUAUUAGUAGCCAUUAGUAACUUAUAUCAUUUGAAAAAUAUGUAAACUGGCAGUAGCACUGUUGCAUUGAUGAGGCUUAUUACUACACUGACGAGAUGGUUAACGGCAGUGGCAUUUCUGCAAUGUCUCCCAGCCACUUUCUCACAAUAUGUCUCGAGCUCCUUUUUAUGCAUAUGAGUCUAGGGUACAUAUUGAGGUUGCCUUGCAAGACGUAUGGAAAUUUCAGCGUUGAAAAACAAGGUUUUAUGCUUAAUGGACAUGUGCUGAUGUCAUUGGAGAUCUGGACUGUAAGAGAAUGCGAACAGCAUUGCUUGAGUCAUCCGGGAUGCAGCUCAAUAAACUGGAAGAUACCAGCAUCUGGGUUUGCUAAUUGCCAGAUCAAUGAUAAAUCGGCAGAAAAUUCGUAUGACAACGUAAUGUUAUCUCCUUCAUCUGAAUGGACCUACAAAACAACAAAUUAUACAGAAAGAAAUAUCGGUGAGUUGUGUCAAGCUUUGAAACCGUGUAAAACCCCAGAAACAUGUAUGGAUUCCUGCGAUUGCCCAGGAUACGACUGCCAAACCACGAAUUUAGGCAAGUAAUUUUCUGCGUAACAAAACAUUGUAUCUCUAAACAGUUUUGUAAAGCAAAAAGGCAACAAGACUUCGAUAAACUGAAAGUAUGGUGUGCUUUCAAAUGGCGAUGAUACUUGGUCGCUUGCAAGAGUAUUCCAAAUAGCCACAACCCCUCCGCCCCUAUUUUCCGGUCUCCUUUUAUAUAUUUUUACGAUAUUUUUAAAGAGGCACAAUAUCUUAUAAGACUGUCAGACUAGCCCUGAAAUGACGGUGAUGCCACUCUCCAUCGCAGAGGCGUUUGUUGAGAAAGAUCGCUUCUAACCCUGACAACUAGCCCUGACAAAAAAGUUGGUUGCUGCCACAGCCUGACAAAAAAGUCGGUUGCUGCCACAGCCUGACAAAAAAGGUUGGUUGAUGCCACAGCUUCUGCGACGGAGAAGUCUUUCUAGUCGAACCCACAGGGCUCAACCUAAACAAGUGGUGGUAAGGCGUCCCCACUACCGGUGUUUUAAUCGUAACAGUAUUGCUAGGGAGGUUGCGAACCAAGGUUUAAGAGGCAGCCUCCUCCUUACCCAUGAGAAAGAAUAACCCCCGCCGGAUGCCAACUUGAUUUUGAUGGUUUAUCGAGAGGAGCUAACAGGUACUACACCUUGCUCAAGGUUGACCUGGAAGUAGUAUUUGGUAGAAGCUCAUCCCACGUCAGGACUCCAAAGCCGGAAUAAAUGAAAUAAAAUCGUCUACAUACUAUAGUUGAGAGAGACCUGGUCAGUCUCCUUUUACAAUUCAGUGUGUGCUGUUCAUUUAAAAACAGUAUACUCUCGUUAAGUAGGACCCCGGAUAAGUAGGACGCCAGCUAUGAAGUACAGAUUUUCCCGGUCCCUUGAACUUGCUUACCCUUUUCAAGCGUUUGGAUAAGUAGGACGCCCGCUAAGUGGUAUACUUUUGCUCGGUCCCUUGAGUGUCCCACUUAACGAGAGUAUACUGUAUUGAUCAUCCCGAUAGACCAAAAGGUUUUCAUUGAAGCAAACAUGAUAAUUUCCUUUCCAUUUAACAGGACAAGAAAGUUGCCAGGAUUUGUACGCUCUUGGCUUCAGAGAAAGUACGAGAUAC